CGCGAUGGAGGGCGCUUUGCCUGGGUGCCAGGUAAUAAAUGAAGGAGAUUCAAGCCUUGCCACUGAGUUACAGGAGGAGUUAGAGGAAAUCCCUAGUCCAAUUGUGGAUGAGAGUAAUGUCAUGCCAGCGAAAACACAGGGAGCAAAUUUACAUACCUGGAGUGGUGACUGGAGCUUUUGGAUUUCAAGUUCCACCUAUAAAGACAGGAACGAGGAAUACAAAAAGCAGUUUACACAUCUACCUGAUACAGAGAAACUGAUAGCAGAUUAUGCUUGUGCUCUUCAGAGAGACAUUUUGCUACAGGGACGACUAUACCUUUCAGAAAACUGGCUCUGUUUCUAUAGCAACAUCUUCAGAUGGGAAACUACAAUUUCUAUAGCUUUAGAGGAUAUAACCUUCAUGACCAAGGAGAAGACGGCUCGACUCAUCCCAAAUGCGAUCCAAAUCGUCACAGAGGGCGAAAAGUUUUUCUUUACAUCUUUUGUCGCCAGGGAUAAAAGUUACCUGAGUAUCUUCAGGUUAUGGCAGAAUGUGUUAUUAGACAAGAGCCUGACCAAGCGGGAAUUCUGGCAGCUGGUCCAGCAGAACUAUGGCCCGGAGCUAGGCUUAAAUGCUGGAGAAAUGGAAAAGCUGUCACUGUCAAUUGAGGAUAACGUGCGGCCGAGAAGUCCAGGAAGAACCAGCUUAGGUGAUCCUGGGGAGAGAGAGGAAAAGUUAUCCAACUCAAUCAGUUUUAGCCAUGAAUCAGUGAGCCAGGUUUCAGAAAACGAGUCAUUUAACGGAGAAACACCAAAAGAGGGGUUAGGAAAAGAGGGGUCCCAAAGCAAGAAAUGGAUCAAGAUAAACCCUUCACUGACUUCAGAAAAGAAGUUACGUAGAGUGCCGUCAAAAUCAUUGGACUUAAAUAAGAAUGAGUAUCUUUCCCUGGACAAAAGCAGCAGUUCAGAUUCUUUUGAUGAAGAAAAUAUUCCUGAGAAAGAUCUUCAGGGAAGACUUUAUAUCAACCGUGUUUUUCGUAUCAGCGCUGAGAGAAUGUUUGAAUUGCUCUUCACCAGUUCGUGCUUUAUGCAGAGAUUUACCAAUUCUAGGAAUAUAUUAGAUGUCGUAUCUACCCCCUGGAACGUGGCGCCUGGAGGUGAUCAGCUGAGAACCAUGACCUACAUGAUCCUCCUUAACAAUCCACUCACUGGAAAAUGUACCGCUGCCACUGAGAAGCAGACGCUGUAUAAGAAAAGUCGGGAAGCAGAGUUCUAUUUGGUAGAUUCAGAGGUGCUGACACAUGACGUGCCCUACCAUGAUUACUUCUAUACCUUGAACAGAUACUGUAUCAUCCCAUCUUCAAGACAGAAAUGCAGGCUCAGAGUUUCCACAGAUCUGAAAUACAGAAAACAGCCCUGGGGCCUCGUCAAAUCUUUAAUUGAGAAGACUUCGUGGAGGUCACUGGAGGAUUAUUUCAAACAGCUUGAGUCAGAUUUGUUAAUGGAAGAAUCUACAUUAAGCCAGUCCAUCGAAGACCCUGGAAAACUUAGUGGCGCCCGAAGGAGAAGGAGAACAUUCAACAUAACAGCUGAAGUACCUCCUAAACUUUCUUCUCCGCGCUCUUCUGGAGAUGUGGGCUUAGAUGUCAAAGGGGAUGUUACAGGAAAGAAAAAAGAAAUGGAAAGCUAUAAUACCACUCUUAUUGUGGUGAUGAGUAUUUCUUUGCUGUUGCUAGUUCUGCUGAACGUGAUGCUGUUUAUGAAGCUGUCCAGGAUAGAACGUGCUGCUCAGUCGCUUUACCGUCCCCAGCCCCAGGAAGGGACAUCUGUGAAUUUUGCCUCUGACAUGGCGUCAAGAGCAGAAAACCCUCAAAAGAACAAAGACCAGGCUCAUCGUUUAAAGGGCGUGCUCCGAGACUCCAUAGUGAUGCUUGAACAGUUGAAGAGCUCACUUGUCAUGCUUCAGAGAACCUUUGAUCUACUGAAUAAGAACAUGACUGGCAGGGCCGUCGAAAGCUAGUGAUCUUCAGGACUGAAAUAGAGACACUUGGAACUAAAAGAAGUCAUCUGGAAGAAAACCAAACAAUGUAGGGCUUUGAUCGUAAUAGGUGCAUUUCCAUGUUUUCUCUUUAUUGGUAUUUCUAAUACGAACAUUUUUUCAGUAACACUUAUGUGAUAAUUAGACCUGUCUGGCCUUAAGGAUCUAUCCUUUCACUUAUACAUCGUUCUAAGCUGUGAAGUUCUCCAGUGAACCGGGUUAUGGAGUUGAAUUUCUGAGGUGUGAGAAGAAAAUGCACUCUGAACUGAAUGGCACAGCCUCAUUUCUCCACGCGGUUGGAGGUUGGGAAGCUUUAUCGUUGGUGCAGAAUCAGCAUUUGUCCAUAGAAUGCUUUCACAGUUGAGACAUGUUCAAGAGGCUAAAGGAGAGGCUUAAGAAGAAACCUCCGAACAUAAGAAGAAAGCCUCCAAAAACUAAUCUUAAAGGAUCAGUUUUCAGGCACCUAUCACAACACUUCUGGGUUUGUGUGUCUUCAUUUCUUUAGCAAAUUGUCAUCAAACCUUGUGGAUCUGACUGCUGCUGGUGGUCAUGUGAAGGGCUCUCCAGCCUGGUUAUAUCUUUAGGAAAGAAGAGUUGCUUUGUCUUAAGGCAGCUCUCAGAGGUAAGAUGAUCUUGCCUCUUUGUACAUCAAAUAGCAGAUGAGCCAAUUUAGGAAAAGGGAAAUGUAGGACUCAAAAUGAAGACCUAUGCUCUUUUUUUUUUUUAUGCUCUGAGCUUUAAAAACCAGAAGACUAUGCGAAAAUCUGGGCCUUUAGUGACAAAUAAGGAAUACUUGAACUAAGCUUGGCUUUCAGCUUAGCCAUUGGUGAAAGUGAGACAUCUUGCUGAAAAUAAUUUAUGUAUUACUUUUCAGUAGCCAGAUACGGCACAGUCUUUAUACAUGCGUGUGGCUUCUUUUAGUGGGUAAUGUAUAAGCCAGGCAUAAGCUUUAGCUCUUUCCUGACUUUGAAGUUGUCAGCAGACACGAGCUUUGGCUGUAUCAUAAAAAGUGUUUAGGUUUUAUAUCUCAAUAUAAGUGGUUCCUGAAAAUAAGGACUUUGUGAACUGACUGGAAGUCAGAUUUGUUUUCCCAAAGUUAGGAGUUAACUCAGGAAGUGUCCUCUUGAGAUCCUUCUCCGGAACAAGAGAAAGAUAGUGUAGAGUAACUUGUAUAAAGUCUUACUGUUGAAACAACUAUUGCCUUUAGUUAAAUGUUUCCUAAUUUUCCAGAGUCACCCAGGCCCCAUGGGAUUGCUAAAGUUCUUUUUGAGAUGCUUGUAAAGGAUGAAAGUGUUGACUGGAGUGGAGGGACAGGGGGUUUCCCACCUAACCUACCCAGGUCUGCCUUUGUAAGGAUUUAACUGGUGUAUGGCUGUGAACCAGAGUGACUGGACUGUAAACUUGAACCUUGUUUUCUAUGACGUUCACAAAAAUGAUCAUUGACAAGCUGAAUAUUUUUGUGAUGUUUCCUCAGAAUGAGAGAUUGUACUCAUAAAUACCUCAAAGAAAAUGACCAGAUUCUAAAUAAAAUGAAAUAUGUAUGUAUACACAAUUCAGUUAAUAAAAUUUAAGCCUGUUAUGCAAAUUGAGUAUCAAUAAAAAUUAAAAAAUCUGAGUUAUAUGCACACCCAUGUUCAUUGCAGCAUUAUUCCCAAUAGCAAAAAAGAGGGAAACAACCUAAGUGCCCAUCAACAGAUGAAUGGAUAAAAUAUGGGAUAUACACACAAUGGAAUACUACACAAUGAUAAAGAACAAUGAUGAAUCUGUGUAACUUCUCACAACAUGGAUGAAUCUGGAGGGCAUUAAACCAAAACAAAAACCCACUGCCAUCAAGUUGAUUCUGACUCAUAGGGAUCCUGUAGCACAGAGUAGAACUGCCCUAUACAGUUUCCAAGGAGUGCCUGGCAGAUUCGAACUACU